CAAAACAAACACAUGGUCAGGUUUUUUUUACUUUAGGUGCUGACAUAAUGGGGCAGUAGUUUUUACAACAUACCGUCUAUACAUCAUAUAGGAGUAAGUAGCUUUUACAAACAUACCAUAGAAAAAAAACAAUACUGGUGUGGAUCUUGAAACAAAACAAUGGCACUGAUAGGAGAUAUGUCAGUGCAACUUGUGAAAGAUGCUAUUAAAUUAAAGCAGCUCAAACAUGCACAUUUUAGUCUGGGACUAGGAUAAGCCCUGUCUGGAAAACCACCACAUUAAGCUUAAAGUAAUUUUUUUAUUUAUACAAAAAUAAAUAAUUACAUAAAAUGAAAUAACUAAUAUUUCAACGAAAUCUCAAGCCAAACAUUUAAUACUCCCUACUGAAAAAUCCAGCUAAGACCAGCAUAAGAUGGUAUAUGUUUUUUCCUGGUUUAAGGUGGCAGUUGCUGGUUUAAGCUGGUCUUCCAGCCUGGCCAGCUAGACCAGCUUAAAAAGGGACCAAAACACAGCUAGACCAGCUUGCUACACCAGCAAUACCAGCUUAAACCAGCUAACCAGCUUAUGCUUGUCUUAGCUGGAUUUUUCAGAAGGGCUAUAUUUGUCCUUAAUAGGUUCAAUGUGGUAAGCGUGUAACCACAAUUGUCAAGUUGAAAAAAGUUUUAAAGUAAAAUGAUUAAGAUGUUAAAACUAAUCAUUAAUACCCUCUGACCCCUGUUAUUCACAAAAACAAUUACAUAAUAAUAAUUUAUAUAGUUUGUAAUAAUUACAUUAAAUUUAAUCGAGUGUGUGUUGAAUCAGUUGCAUGCAUACAUAUAGCAAACACAGCUGUGUAAACGGUAUGUUCCUCAAUGUGAAACAUUCGGUUUAAAAUUGAUGGUACAAUGGUAAUAAGUCAGACAUGCAGCAGGCUGCCUGUGGUGGAUGUUUAGAUGGGGGAGGUUGACGAAACGCAGGGGCGUGACGCCUCGCUCUGUAGCAGGCACUCGCCUACGGGGAGAAUGGGAGAGAGAAAGAAGGGGAGGGAGGAGGAACUUAAAGGAAAAAAGUUAAAAUAAAAAUGGCUUCCUUGUCUUUGGAGUCCACAGAACAAACGGAAAACGGUCAAACUGAAUCCGCAGAAGAUGAAGCCAAAGUUAAAAAGGAGACCGAUCCGGACGAAGUUUCUGAACAACUGCUCCAAACCUUCCAGAACUCGUCGCUCAGUUUUUCCACCGACCAAGUCGCGUGUCUGUGCGAGGCGCUUCUGCAAGCGGGCAAUGUGGAUCGCCUGUGGAGAUUUCUCUCCACCAUCCCUCCUUCGGCCGAUUUGCUACGUGGCAACGAGACCCUGCUGAAGGCCCAGGCUUUGGUCGCUUUCCACCGGGACGAAUUUAAAGAGUUAUAUGCCAUUCUGGACAGUCAUGACUUCCACCCGAGUAACCAUGGGUUCCUGCAAGACCUCUACUUAAAGGCGCGUUACAAGGAGGCUGAGAGGUCCCGGGGUCGCAACUUAGGGGCCGUGGAUAAAUAUCGACUCCGAAAAAAGUUUCCCUUGCCAAAAACCAUCUGGGACGGUGAGGAGACGGUGUACUGCUUCAAGGAGAAGUCGCGAAACGCUCUGAAGGAAUGCUACAAGAUCAACAGGUAUCCCACUCCGGACGAGAAGAAAAAUUUAGCCAAAGUCACCGGACUUUCUUUGACUCAAGUGAGCAACUGGUUUAAGAAUCGCCGACAGAGGGACCGAACACCGUCCGGUACCAACAGCAAAAGUGAAUCUGAUGGAAACCACAGCACAGAAGAUGAAGCGAGCAAAGGAGAUCUGGAGGAUAUUACUGACAAACCUUGUCAAGAGAUGAUUUCCACUGCUUCUCUCAUAUCUUUUUCUGGUGCUCCUUGCAAUACAGGUGGUCAGCUUAUCCUUAACAGUACAGGGGGAUUCCUCACAGGUUCUCAUCCACUGCUGCUUAAUGGGAGCCCUAUACUCUCAGGGGCAGGAACAGGAGUCAUCAUUAAUGGGUUGACACUGAGCGAUGCCCACACAGUCACCCUAAGUCCUGUUACAGGAAAUGCACCAUUGCUACUAAAUGGUGCUCAAGUUAUCUCCAGAGAGGAACGUGGUGUCAAUGACAUGGAGGGCCAAAGCAGCCUGUCUAAUGUGGUGCUGAGUCCACAAGCCAGUCUAGCAAACACAACAUCUCUCUCUCUUAGUGAAGAGGCAAAAACAGCCAGCAGCAAUGUUUCUCCGUUGGAUUUCAUCAGUCUUCCGGAGGCCUUGAAGAAUCCAGACAAUGUCCAGUCAGAGCCCACAAACUCUAUGUCCACUUCUACCAUCUCUACUUCCGUCAUCUCUCCCAUGCCUCAUCCUUCAGUUAUUUUGACUCAAAAUAGUGUUCCCACAUCAGCAGCUGGCUCCCUAAAUUCAGUCAUCUCUAGUCCCAUCGUUCCACUACAGCCUACACAGCCACCAGAGAUUGUUUUAUUAGCGAAGACUGAGGCUCAAUCGCUUUCUUCCAGCUCUAUCUCCAGCCCUCAGGUGCUGUCCUUACCACAGGUGGUACCAUCUAUACAAGGAAUCCCAGUGUCCCAACUUAUGCAGCAUCCAUCAUGUCCAGCCAGCAUGUCUUCCUGUCCACAACUUGUACCGGUUUCAUCUGUCAAUCCACAGGUACCCCAAGGUCCCAUUUCUCAGUUUCACACACAGACCUUGCACAUUGCUCCCAGACUUGCUCAAACCCAGCUCCAAAAUGGCUCCAACACACUAAGUACCAAUACAGUUUUUUCCCUCCCCCAAAUGGCAGAUGGCCAACUUGCACAAGGAUUUGCGUCUCAGCUAGGACAAGACUCUGCUUCAGCCACCUUCCCACAGAUACAAACCUCUAUGGGACCACAGGUCAUUCCUAUUUCCUCUCCAACUCAAGUUGUACCUGUUUCCCAGCCCAAAGACACAGGCCAGCCCCAGCUGGUCCCCCUGUCACUGCCUCAACUUAUGCCUGUAUCAUCCAUCGCAGGAACUCCCACUGGAAGCUUCACCUUCCCUCAGGUGGUCCCAGCAGCACCUUCUCUUUCCAUCCCAUCCCCUGGAGGUGCUUUUCAGAUUCUAACAUCUGGGUCUGGAGCAGGACUAAGUGUUGCCCAGGGACCAAUACGUCUUAGUCCAGUAGGGCCUCCUCAGAGUGUCCCUACUGGUUCUAUCCCAAGUGUUCAACUUCUGAAUUCUGGAGUUUUUCAAUUACCCUCUGUUUCUCCAGGCAAUAUUCUCUUAGCUGGUGGAAUAGGAGGGAGCCCCUUCCUAAGUGUUCAAAAUGGCAAACUCAUCCUAACUAUUCCGGCUGGCAUACAGUUCUCCAGUAUGCCUGUCAAGUCCAUCCCAGAAAACACAAUCUCAAGCAACAGCAUUAUUGAUCCAAUAUCCCCUGUAGCUCCACUUGAAAAUCCACCCGCACCUGCACAAUCCUCAAAUUCACUACAAUCAUCUCCUCUGGGUCUAAUUGGUUCCUCUUCCCUUUACUGCAGCCCUGAGCCUGGGACAAUUGCCAACCAUACCCCAGGAGCUUCUCCUAACACUCCAGACUCUUCUAGUACUCCCACUCCUACGGGCAUCCUACAAUCCCAGCAGACCUUCAGCCCUGAUAGCAUGCUGCCCCUCAGUCCAAUUUGUAGUGGUGUUUCAACUGGCACACACCUCUCCCAGCCAGUCUGGAGCCUAGUGCCUCUUUCCUCCCCUGCGGGUCUGACAUUAUUUGACAUGCGUGGUAAAGGGGAUCUACCAGAGGACCCGGCUUUGUUGGGCCUACCAGGUGGAGAGUCUCUACUAUUGGGGACUCCUCCUCCAGGUGAGGAUGUGGAAAGAGAUUCUUCGCUGGAUGAGGUGGAGGAAAUGGAUGGGGACUCAAAAAUUCUCACGCAACUUCAAUCCGUCCCUGUGGAUGAUGAGUUGGGUUUGUAAAUACAAUUGUUGCGUUGAUAGCCUGCAGCAUGCAGUUAGACAGUGUUAAAUCUAAGCCUAGAAGAGUUGCAUUCAACCAUGUCCCGGAAGUGGGAUGAGAUAUGAUUGAUAACCUCAAUGGCUUGUGAAUUUCCGUACUCUACUUUGUGUAGGUUGAGGACUGCAAAGUUAAAGUAUUCCACUUGAUACAUGGGUUGUAAAAGUACUUCCUAGGUUUUGUUGAAUACACAGUUGUCUUUCGUAUAUUCGGAAUUCAGUAAGGGCAUGACAAUAUGAAAGUUUCAACUGUAGUGGAGGACUAUGUUGAGACGCUGUUAUAAGUUGUAACAGAGGACAUAUAACCGAUAUUCACCUCUUGGAAAAUUACAUCUAAGUUUGUGUCUAGAUGUUUGCUCUGAUUGUUAUAAAACAGAGCCAGAGGAAAGUAACAAGGGACUGCCUGACUACCUAAGUGGUAUGUCAAAGGCCAUCAAAAUGGUUGAAUCUAAUAGUGAAUGAGGCAUACAAGGCUUUUUGUGUGUGCCUUUUUUUGGAUUACUUCUCAGUUUUAUAGUUUAAACAACUAUGAGCAUUACUUUAAUCUUAAAGAAUAAUAACAGUGCUAUUUAAUGUCUCUUACGAAAGACACUAUAAUAGAGGUACAUGCAUUCUAUGAUGAUUACAAAACUGACCUUUUGGACUUAAAAAGGGUCCCCUGGCAACCUAAGUAUAAAUAUAAAAAAGUCGGAACACAUUUUUCUUAAAAAAUCUUCUAAGGAUGCACAAACAGCAAAUUUUGUUUGCAUUAUAAAGGAGGUCAGCUUAAUAACAAACCGAUACAUUUGGAACUAAUGCAAAUAAUCAAUAUCCUGAUGUCAUCUGCAAUGAAUAUACUCCAUCAUAUCUGGAUAUAAUAGCUGCUUUUUACAAAUGUUUGCCUAUAAUAUUGAAUUUAAGUAAUGGUUGUAGAUGCUGCAGACCGUUGAUGCAAGAUCUCACAAAGUUCCGUGGGAUAGUCACGGAAUGUUUUGCACGGAUCUCCGCAUUUUUCUGUGGCCCUGCUACGGACCGUCUUUUUCCGUGGCAUUCUCACGGAUUGGUUACUCAACUGUUUUGUCCUGUUUUCUUACCAUUGUCGCCUCGGUUUAGGGUUAGAUUUACAUGAAAUGACAUCCUUACCGAAACCCAACUCUAACCCCAAGGCAAGGCGACAAUUGUUU